UUCAAAAUUCUACCGCCGUCGCUGCGCUUCACAUUUCUCAGCCUCCUCGUACCGUCACUCCGGCUGGACGAAGCGUUGAUCGUGUCGCGCAGGAUCGAGCCAAGGAUGAGGCGGGAUUUCCUGCGGGAACUGCCGGGGGAGCUCGCGCUGCAUUGCCUGAGCUUCAUUACUGACGCGCACACCCUCACCCAAGCCGCUCAGGUUUCACACCAUUGGUACUCGCUCCUCCAGGACGAACAGACCUGGAAGGAUAUGUGCGACUGGCACAGCUUCACGCCCAUUGUUACGCCAUUAUCGUCCUCCCGCCGGCCCAGCUCAUCUCGAAUCACCGCGCUUGUCCCCACGUCCGCCGCGACCGAAUCCAGCAGCACGACCGCCGCGAUGGCAGCUUUCGGGAUGGGCCCGUCGAGCUGGCAGAAUCGUAAUCGCACCGUGGUGGGACCAUUGCUCCGCGCCGACCCUAAUCGCAAUGGGUCUAGCUCGGCCGGUGAACCAGGAUUCAAGGCGCAAUUCAAGGACGCAUAUCAGACCCAGCGGAACUGGAUGCAGGGCGGGCGAGUCCUCAAACAAUUCAUCGCUGUCUCUGAAGAUGAUGGCGUUGUCACCUCCCUCGCUAUCAACAACCACUGCAUGAUCGUCGGGAUGGCCAACUCCAGGAUACACAUCUUUGACGCCCCUACUGCGCGGUACAAGUGUACUCUUGUCGGCCACGAGCGGGGCGUAUGGACGCUGAGGACGAGGAGCUCGGAUGUUUGUGGUUCGGCGAGAGGGUGGGCGGAGAAGGGGAUGGGGUCGCGGCAUUUGGUCGUCAGUGGAGGAUGCGAUCGGCAUGUCAAGGUGUGGGAUGUUGCCACUGGAAAUUGCAUCCAUUCUCUUGCAGGACACGACUCGACCAUCCGCUGCCUCAAGGUCCUCGACCGGCGCCCCAUCGCCAUCUCCGGCUCGCGGGACAAGUCGCUCCGGGUUUGGGACAUCCACAAAGGGGUGCUCCUCAGGCAGUUGGUCGGGCAUACGGGCAGUGUGAGGUGUGUGGAGGUUGCGGGGCAAAUGGCUGUUUCGGGGAGUUAUGAUAAUACCGCAAGAGUCUGGAACGUCGAUACGGGAGACUGCAUCCACGUCCUCCACGGUCACUAUCACCAGAUCUACUCCUGCGCUUUCGACGGAGAACGAAUCAUCACCGGCUCAUUAGAUUCGACGGUCCGCGUCUGGAGCGCGGCUACAGGCGACUGCCUCGCCCUUCUUCAAGGCCAUACCUCCCUCGUCGGUCAGAUCCAGCUCAUAGGCGACCGUCUCUUGACUGGCGGGUCUGACGGGCGUGUCAUCGUCUUUGACCUCUCGACAUACGAAUGCCUCCAUCGACUCUGCGCGCAUGACAACUCAGUCACCUGCCUGCAGUUCGACGACCGGUUCGUCAUUUCGGGCGGGAUGGACGGGCGGGUCAAGCUCUGGGAUAUUAGGACAGGGAUGUUCAUCCGGGAGUUGACAAAGCCGUGUACGAGCGUUUGGCGGAUAGGGUGUAGGGAUGACCGGGUCGUCAUUCUCGCGCAGAGGGGGACGAGGACGGUAUUGGAGGUGUUGACAUUUAGACCAGGGGAGGUCAUGGGGAAGACGCUGGAGGUGUAG